AAUCAUUAUGGAAGUGUUCUUUUGAUUGAAAACAUCUCACUUGAGUUUUUAUUUCAAUUAAUUAAAUUUUAGCCAAGUGUAUUUGAUAAGAUUAGGAUUGAUCAGUCAAAAUAAGGAGGAGUAAUACAUAAAAUGAUACUUUUAUAGUAAGGAAAUUUUAAAAUAAUUUAAAUUAUUUAAUUCAUGCUUGAAUUGUAUUUUCGAUUUUAAUUUGAAUUUAGCACGGUUUAUCCAUGUUGGAGUAGGGGAAUGGCUGUUAAUAGUGAUGCUAAGUUAAGAUUAGUUAAGAACAUGUUCUCAUUUUAUUUGAAUCGAUGCACAAACUUUUAAAUUAUCUUAAUCAAUGCAAGAGCUUUAUCACAAUCCACUUUGAUUUUUGUUUUUCACAAAAAUUUGAUUAUGAAGGUCGAAGUCUGAACAUUUCAAAAUAUGUGACCUUCAUAAUUAGUGAUUUUGGGGGUCUAUUGGAUUAUUUAGAAUGCGACAGAAACAAACUUUCGUUAUAAGAAUGUGAAAAUUCCAACUGAGAGAAAAUUGACUAAUUAUUCCCAAAAUCUAACUUUCAAUUCUUCCAAUUUUAGCUUCAUCCUUCUAAUUCCAUUUCAACUUCUAAACGCAACAUCACGAGAAGUCGACUGCGAGUAUUCCAAUAAUCACUAUGAUGUUUUAGGUAGCAUCUAUCAAUGUAAAGUUGUUGGUGAUCUUACAAUAACAUUAAAGGAUCAAUCAACAAUCACUUCAGCAUCACAAGAUCAUUCCGGCUCAAAAUCCAACGACGAUGUCUUUGGCUUCGUCAGUGACAAUAAGUACAUUAAAUAUUUCCCAAAAGGACUAGAAAAAGUGUUCAAAAAUCUUCAGUUGUUUCACAUUCGAUUCACUUUCAUCCAAGAACUUCAUCAAUCCGAUAUGAAACCGUUCCCAGAAUUGAAGGAAAUAGAUUUACAUGACAAUGACAUAAAGGUGCUUGAAGAUGGACUUUUUGACUUUAAUCCAAAUCUAGUCUUUGUUUCCUUUUCAAACAACAAAAUCAUUCACAUUGGAUUAAUGGUUUUUAAUGGAUUGAAUAAUUUAAAAUAUUUGUAUUUGACAUCCAACACAUGCACAAGUAGAGGUGCAUAUUUGAGUCGCAGUGAAGUUUUGGAAGUUGUUGAGUACGCAAAGAUUGAAUGUAUAAGCUCUGAAUAUAAGGAAAUGGAUGAGAAAUUGAAUGAGCUUGAAAAUGAAGUCGCAUUUUUGGAACCUGAAGAAUUGGAAGAGAAGAUUGAAAAUUUUGAAGUUGAAUUUAAUAGUUCCAGUUUUUCUGAAUCUGCAGCUUUGAACGAGAAGUUGGAAAAUUUGAAAAUUACUAAAGCUGAUGAAAUAAGACUUGUAGCUCCUUUACUUCCUAAUUUGAGAAGAAAUGAAGGCAAUACUUUUCAAAUUAUUUUGAUUCUUGUGAUUGUCUUGAGUGCUGUCAUUAUUGGAGGAGUUGUAUGGCUGUUCAUCAAAAAAAGAUAAUUGAUGGGAAUCAUAAAUUCUAAAAAGAAGAUUUUUUCAAAUGAAAAAUUUAGACGCCACUAGUGAACAAACCCCAUUUUUAAAUAAUAAAUGAAAAAAAAAUUAAAGCAAAUCCAUUUGCGAUUUAUUCUUAUUAUGCGAAUUUUUUUUAAUGUCUUAAUUUCUGACCUACGAGAAUAUGAUGAGACAGUAAAUAUUUUGGUUUAGUGAUAACAUAAUUGCCGAAAUAUUUGCUCAGAGAAUCAUUUUAUUGAGGCAAAGUUUAAUGAAAUUUUGUGUAUUUUAGAUCAUUUAAUAGUCACGGUUCUAACGGUGAGCAACUAAUUUUUGAAAUUUUAAAUUGUAAAAUUUUUGAAACUUGAGAAGUUGAUAAAUGUGAAGAUAUGAAGAUCAUAAGCAUUUUAGUCCUACUUUCGCUUCAAAUUUACACAUCCCAUUCAUCAAGCUACAUCAACUGCAUCUACAACUAUCACUUCUCUGAAGCAUUAGGUGUUGUCUAUCAAUGUGUUGUAGUUACAAGUCUUGACUAUGAUUCGAAAAAUCAUGAAAUUUACACAGACUACAAUCCGAUCAAUAAUCAAGUUUUUGGAUUUGUUGCUAAUUAUAAAUAUCUGCAGUACUUCCCAAAGGGUGUGGACAGGAUCUUUAAAAAUCUUCAAUUGAUUCAUUUAAGAAAGAAUUCAAUCAAAACAGUUAAUUAUCGUGAUUUAUCUCCAUAUCCUGAACUUAAAGAGAUUGACUUAGCUUACAAUUUGAUUGAAGUUGUUGACGACCUGUUCUUUAGAGCCAGUCCAAAAUUAGAGUUCCUCUCAUUGACUAGAAACAAGAUAUUCCACAUAGAUGCAAGAUCAUUCGAUGGUCUACAUAACUUAAGGUUCCUGCAUCUCUAUGCAAACCCAUGCAUCGACAUGGAUGCUCACUCAAAUCGCAAUGAAGUCUUAAACAUCACAAUGGAAGCUAGAACAUCCUGCACAAAUCAAAAAUAUUUAGAUUUCAGUAGAAAAUUAGAGCAAAUCGAGAGUGCAUCAAGUUCAAGGCCACCGACUGAAAUCCAGAGAAUUUUAUAUAAUUUUGAGCAUGAACUUAAUAGCUCUCAAUUGGCAAAUGUUUGGGUUCUGAGAGAAAGAGUGAAUAAUAUUCAAAAUCGGGUGGCUUAAGAAAUGAACUUGGUCAAUAAAGUUACAAUUUCUAAUUCAAAUUAUAAUGAACUUACUAAGUUGCUGUUUGUCUAACAUUUAACUUAAAGAAAUCUGAAACUGUGUGAUUUCAAUGCUUGACCUAACUUGAUAAGAACCCCUCUUGUAUUUAGUCAUUACAAUUUCUCAUCGAGUCUCACAAUUUUAAGGCCUCAAAAUAAUUCACUCUGCGAAUAACAUGAAAAAAUAAUAAUAAUUUUUUUAUCUAUUACAUCUCACAAAAAUAAU